GAAAUCACACCUGCUGUAUUGGAGAACAUCAAGCACUUUGUAGCGUGCACUUUUUGCGUUCCUAUUCUGUCGCUGUCUAACUUGAAGUGUUAGGGAUCUUCGUGAGGUACAGGAUUUUAUCGAGAAGGAGACGAACAGCAGCAUAUUUCACCGCGUACUCUUUACGAAGAAGCGGGCUGACCGCCUUCAAGAUCUCCAAUUAAGAUUUCAGGAUACAAUGGCACUUUUUCAAGUUCAAGGCCUUUCCCUAGUCUUGCGCCAUUCUUCAAGGUUUCUCGACAUCGAGGACGCUGCCUCGGGUCUAGGCAAACUCGAAAAGACGCCAAAAGAUGAGCCCGGCGGCAAUCGAACCAUCGAAGAAUCCGAUGUAGCGCUUAAAGAAGAACUUUUCGUUCGAACUGGGCUCCGCUUACAUUUAGCUCAAGUCGGCGGUAAAUGUGCGGUUGUCAAAGUCUUUGAAGGCAAAGACGCUUCGAAGAACUACGCAGCAGCAGUAAAAUUUGAGGAGCAUCUAAUGCAUCCGCACAUUCUGCAUCCGAAGAAAAUUUCCCGGGUCAAUAUCCCUACACCGUUCAUAGUCUACGACCUAGAUGCGCAAGGAAGCGCCGAACAGUUUAUCGCCGCGGCAAUUCCCUCUGGCGUCGUGUCAACUUUUGUCGCGGGAGCACAGUUGAUCUCUGGCAUCGCUUCGGCGUUAAGUCACUUGUGCCUUCGUGGUAUUCCCUUUCACUCCGUUAGGAUUGAGAAUUUCAGUAUCUUUAUAAGUGGUGCCAACAAAGUGGUCCUGUCCUUUGAUGGUAUUUGGAAUUCAACUUCCUUUGCGUCAAGACAAGAUCGGACGGGACUCGAUGUCCUUGGUGAAUUGUGUCAUCAGGUGCCCAGGAUAUCGACGAGAGGAGAUAACACUCAGGCCGGUACUCUCAGACUGUAAGGUCAUCACGGAUGCGACACCUUCUCUCCACGAGAAAUGCUUAAUUUGUGGAGAGGAAGUCAAAGAAGGACUAUUUGACUGUCAAUGUAGACAGCUUUGGGGACAUAGACACUGUAACGAUCAAUUACGGUACAUCUGCUGGAGAUGUGCUCCCACUUCUGGU